CCACCUCAAGCUGUACUACCACAACCUGGUAUAGCUACACCUACUACAUUAGCUUCACAUCAAGUUAAUACUAUCAGCUAUCCAACACCGAGACCAUCAGCAGCUAGUCCAGCUGUUAAACAGAGAGUAUUUACUGGUACCGUCACUAAACUUCAUGACACGUUUGGUUUUGUUGAUGAAGAGAUCUUCUUUCAGAUGACGAGUGUAAAAGGUAAUCAACCUAAAGUUGGAGAAAGAGUAUUAGUUGAAGCAUCAUAUAAUGCUAGUAUGCCUUUUAAAUGGAAUGCCACUAGAAUACAGCUACUACCUGGUCAGGUAGGUUGUCAAGCAACACCAAUCAAGACUAAUAUAGGUAAUAUUAAUCAACAUACAUCUGGUAGUCAGGGUAAACCAGUCCCAAUGAAUGCUAGGUCAGUUCAAUCAAAUACUUCUGCUUGGACUCCAAGCGAACCAAAGGCAUUGACCAUGGCAUCAAAGGUGCCCUACAGUUCCAAGCAGACGACAAUAAUGCUUACUGCUGUCAAUCUACCAGGCAGUCAUAGAGCAGAACCUAAUAGAUUUAGCUCCAUGAAAGAUCGUGAGAAACAUGCUGAUAGAGAGCGUGAUAGACGUGAUAGAGAUAGAGGUAGUCGUGAUAUUAGACGUAAGAGAUCACCUCCUCCAAGAUCUCGAUCACCAGCUAGAAGUCCUCCCAGAAAGAGAUCAUCUAAACCACGUUAUGUUUGUCAGAUUCCUAAACUUUCUUUGAAUCUUAAAAAUGCUAAUGUGGUAAUGUUAAAAUCUAGAUACAGUAGUAUGUAUAUACCAAGCGAUUUUUUCUUUACUAAUUUAACAUGGUCUGAUGCUUUCCCAUUAGAACGAUCAUUUAAACUUGGUCACAGCUGUAAUUUCCAUGUAUUACAUAAAGAUGUAGAACCAUUGACACCAAAUAAAACCGUUCUGGAACCAAAUGAUGCUGAUCAUCUUUUUAGUGCCAAGGUGAUGCUAUUAUCUUCACCUUCAUUGGAUGACCUUUACCAUAAAUCAUGUGGUCUGGCAGAAGAUCCAGUAGAUAUUCAGGAAUCGUUCCAACAUCCUACCAGACUUUUACAGUUUCUAGUUGGUAUUCGUGGUAAAAAUGAACCCAUGGCUAUAGGUGGACCUUGGUCACCUUCUCUGGAUGGAGCUGAUCCUGCUGGUAAUCCACAAGUGUUGAUCAACACUGCCAUCAGAACGACAAAGGCUUUAACUGGUAUUGAUCUAAAGGCUUGUACAAAAUGGUAUGUGUUCGCUGAGAUUUGUUACAUGCGACCAGCCUCUUCCAACAAGGGACGUCAUGUUGAUGCCAGAGUAGAAACUGUCGUCAUUUUUAUACCAGAUGUAUGGAUGUGUUCCCCUUCUCAGACAGAAUGGGAAGACCUACAGGCAGCUUAUGCCAAGCAACUCAAGAUCAAAAUUGGUGAUCCCGAGAAAACAGAUACAGGCACACAGGCACUGCUAAUAUAUUCAGAUAGUAACGCUGAAAAGAAAGAACCAACACAUUUUUCAGAAUUGGAUCCUAAAUCCAUGAAGAUUCUAGAUCUAAGACAAGAAUUAGAAGCUAGGAAUCUGAGUGCUAAAGGAUUGAAAUCACAGUUAAUAGCUAGAUUAACUAAAAUGUUAAAAAGUGAACAAGAAGCUGAAGAAGAAGAGUUAAAACAAGAACAGAAAACACAUUUAUUCUUUAAAAAAUUUGAAAUUUUACAGCAAGAAGAAGAACAGAAGAGAAAAGAAAAGAAAGAUAAAGCGUUAUUAGAAAAGAGAUAUGUUAUGCCUGAUGUACCAUCAAUAUUGGUACACCCACAUCCUACUGCUAAAGGUGGAAAGUUUGAUUGCUGUGUCAUGUCUUUAAGUGUACUCUUAGAUUAUAGGCCUGAAGAUAACAAGGAACACUCAUUUGAGGUGUCUCUGUUUGCUGAAAUGUUCAAUGAAAUGUUGAUGAGAGAUUUUGGAUUCAACAUUUAUUUGAGUCUGUGUAAAACACCAGCUGCUAAGAAAGAUGAAGAUAAGAAAGAAGAUAAGAAGGAUAAGGAAGAUAAGAAAGAAGAUAAAGAUAAUGACAAAGAUGAUGAGAAAGAAAAAGAAAGACACAAUUCUGAAAAGGUAAUUAUUUGUAGAUUAUUGGAGAAUGAUUUAAGAGCACCAUUAUUAUUUGAUAAUGAUGAUAAUGAUAAACAUGAUGAUAAAGAAGAAGACAUGGAAGAAGAUGAUGAUAAAAAAGUCCUUUUCAAUGCAUGUAAACAUUUGCCAUAUAGCAAUACAAGCACCUUUGUAAUUGUAGAUAAGAAAGAGAAGAAAGAAAAGAAGAAGAUAACAGUUGAUCCAGGAUUAUUAUUAUCCUAUGUUUAUUAUGAUCAGAAUCAUACUGGUUAUAUCUUAGAUAAAGAUAUAGAAGAUAUACUUAUGACAAUAGGAUUACAGUUAUCUCGAGCUCAGAUAAAGAAAGUUGUACAGCGUGUUAUCGUAAGAGAUAGUUUUAAUUAUCGUAAAAUAACAGAUGCUGUAGAAGGAGAAAAUAUAGAAUCAGUUUUAACACCCGUUGAAGAGUCCAAGUUAUGCCAAGAUGAAGAGAAGACAUCAUCCACAACAGACAGUCAGUCCCCAGCAGACGUCACCUCCAAUAUUAUCAUUUAUAAAGGCUCCAUGAUUAAUAUAGAUAGCUUGUUAGAAAAAUUAGAGAAAAGCGAAGAGAAUAGAAUGACUAUGCAGAAAAAAUUAUCCACCUUAGAAACUGAUAUCAGCUACACUAAAGAGAAAUUGAAUGACGCAGAACACAACAAACAGAAAAUAUUCGAAGAUCUUCAGAAAACAAGAGAAGACUUGUCAAGAGUCAAAACAUCCCGAAAUACAGCCGAAAAUCAAAGUCGUAAAUACCAUAACACUUUACACGGUACCAAAGAUGUCCUCACAAAAGCUAUUGCCUCCAUCACCAGUGUCCUUUUUCAAGAAGAACCAAAA